AGCAUUAUAGCUAACUUUAGGAAGCUCGAUGGUUCUGGUCUGACAGAGAAGGAGUCAAGUCCCUUCAGCUUGGCUCAGUCAGCCGCCGGUGCCUUCGCUCUGAGACCGUGCACAGACAGCAGGCAGGCGCAGCGGAAACUUGUGCGGAGGACACGGAGAGGGCUGCGACCAAGAGUUUGCUCAUACGGUUGCCUUCAAACCGGUUUCUUCGUGGGUCUGUCGGUUCACAUCUGGAGACCUCCUCCUGGAUCCAUCAUUACUUGCUGAGAGAGACGCUCGAGAGAAGCUGCCAUGUCUGACUCCACACCUCCUCAGGCCAUGGCUAAUCAGACUCUUGAGCUGUCCCACUGCUAGGCGAGGGGGCGCCAGAGAGGGCAGGAGACAUGUUGGGACCGAAGCCCGGGAAUCACUGCACUGAAUUCUGUUACUAUAGCUACUUCUGUAGUGAUCAUGGAAAUGCUAUGGAGGACUGCACUGAUCUGCACUGUCAUUGUCGUCAUGGUUGCCGCAGAGGUCGCAGGAGGUCGCAGAGAUGAGUUUGCACAAUCACAAGCUACCUUCCUGUCCAGUCUUGGCCACUAUGAGAUUGCAAUUCCAGUGCGCGUAGGACCCAAUGGAGAGACACUCCUCACAAAAGCCUCUGAUUACCACAGAAGAAGACGCAGUACAGAAGAAACAACAUCGAUUGACACAUCUCUCUACUAUCAGCUAUCUACGUCACGCAACAACUUCAUGCUGAACCUGACGCUGCAGGAAGGCCUGUUAGCCCACCAGUUUAGGGUGGAGUACUGGAAAAGAGGCAGAUUAGCCUGGAGUCAGCCUUAUUCUCCCCACUGCCAUUAUGUCGGACACCUCCAGGACCAGCCGCACUCCAGCAAAGUGGCCCUCAGCAACUGCAAUGGCCUGCAGGGGGUGAUUGUUGCUGGGGGAGAAGAGUACCUGAUCGAACCUCUUAUUUCAUCAGCAAACCAAACCGAAGCGGAGAGAGGGGACCGGGCUGAGGGGCGCCCCCAUGUGGUUUAUAAGCGCUCAUCGCUCCGCCAUCAGUACAAGGGCCAGUCUUGUGGAGUCAUUGAUGAGAAGUCAUUGAAGAGCUCAUCAUGGUGGCAGAGGACGCUGAAGACUCCUCCUCAUCAUGUCGGACGAGGCCAAUUGCCACUAAAGCGCUCGGUGAGCUGGGAGCGCUACGUGGAGACGCUGGUGGUGGCUGACAAGAUGAUGGUGGGCUACCAUGGUCGCAAGGACAUCGAGCAGUACAUCCUGGCACUCAUGAAUAUUGUUGCCAAACUGUUCCAGGAUUCUAGCCUGGGGAAUGCAGUCAACAUCGUGGUGACACGACUCAUCCUGCUCAUGGAGGACCAGCCCACAUUAGAGAUUAAUCACCACGCAGGCAAGUCUUUAGACAGCUUCUGCAAAUGGCAGAAAUCUAUCCAGCACCGGAGCAGUUAUGGAAACGCUAUCCCUGACAAUGGCAUCGCUCACCAUGACACCGCGGUACUCAUCACCAGGUAUGACAUUUGCAUCCAAAAAAACAAGCCCUGUGAAACUUUAGGUCUUGCUCCCGUUGGAGGAAUGUGUGAGCCGGAGAGGAGCUGCAGCAUCAAUGAGGACAUUGGCCUCGGAACAGCUUUCACUAUUGCCCAUGAAAUUGGACAUACGUUUGGGAUGAACCAUGACGGUAUUGGUAAUACGUGUGGGCCCCGAAACCAGGAGACGGCCAAGCUGAUGGCCGACCACAUCACCAUGAAGACGAACCCGUUCAUCUGGUCGGCCUGCAGCAGGGAUUACAUCACCAGCUUUCUGGACUCAGGUAUGGGAUCGUGUCUGAACAAUAUGCCCCCAAAGCAGGAGUUUGUGUACCCCACAACUGCCCCGGGCCAGGCCUACGAUGCAGACGAACAGUGCCGCUUCCAAUAUGGAGUCAGAUCCCGACAAUGUAAAUAUGCAGAGGUCUGCAGUGAGCUAUGGUGCAUGAGCAAGAGCAACCGAUGCAUCACCAGUAGCAUUCCUGCUGCAGAGGGAACCAUCUGUCAGACCAACACCAUUGAGAAAGGGUGGUGCUACAAGAGGAUCUGUGUGGCGUAUGGGACACGUCCAGAGGGUGUGGAUGGAGGUUGGGGCCAAUGGUCGCCUUGGGAGGAGUGCAGCAGGACCUGUGGAGGUGGUGUCUCCUCCUCUAUGCGAUACUGCGACAGCCCGAGGCCAACCAUUGGUGGAAAGUACUGUUUGGGCGAGAGAAAGCGCUACAGGUCCUGUAAUAUUGAUGACUGCCCCGUAGGCUCACGGGACUUUCGAGAGAUGCAGUGUGCUAACUUUGACAGUGUUCCUUUCAGGGGGAAAUUCUAUACAUGGAAACCAUACAGAGGAGGUGGGGUGAAAACAUGCUCUCUGAAUUGCCUGGCGGAAGGAUACAACUUCUACACCGAACGUGCCCCAGCAGUGGUAGACGGGACACCAUGCAGAGAUGACUCUCUGGAUGUGUGUGUCAAUGGCGAGUGUAAGCACGUCGGCUGCGAUCGCAUUCUCAGCUCAGAGGUUCGUGAGGACCGCUGUCGGCUCUGCGGGGGUGAUGGCAGCAGCUGCGAGUCUGUAGAGGGAGUCUUCAAUGACUCUCUGGCUGAAGGAGGUUAUGAAGAGGUCAUCCGAAUCCCAAAAGGCUCGGUGUUCAUCCACAUACAAGAGCUCAACUUUUCUCAAAAUUACAUUGUGCUAAAAAGUAAAAGUGAUCAAUUCUUCCUCAAUGGAAAGCUGGCGACUGACACACCACACAGGUUUGAUGUUGCUGGAACAACUUUCCACUACAGGCGACCCGCUGAUGGGCCAGAAACACUUGAGGCUCUUGGACCAAUAAAUAUGACCCUUAUUGUCAUGGUGAUGGUCCAUGAGGAGAACCUUGGAAUCCACUAUCGUUUUAAUCCCCCUAUCAACCGGGAACGACUGAAUGGUUUUGCCUGGUACCACACAUCUUGGUCACACUGCUCUGCUCUCUGUGCUGGAGGUGAGCAGAUCCAGCAGGUGGUGUGUCGGAAACUGUCAGAUCACGCCAUUGUUUACAACCACUUCUGCGAUAAGAAGCACAAACCCAAAGAGAGGCGCAGAUUCUGCAAUACUGAGCCGUGUUCCCCAACCUGGUGGACAGGAUUGUGGUCGGAGUGCAGUCACAGCUGUAAUGGCGGUCUGAAGACACGUGAGGUUUUAUGCAAAAGGAGGAUUUCUGCAUCAGAGGAGAAAAUACUAGAUGACUCCGCCUGCCCCCCUUCACGCCCCUCGUUCACGGAACCCUGCAACAACCACAGCUGCCCUCCCGAAUGGAUGGCCCUGAAUUGGUCAGAGUGUACACCCAGCUGUGGUCCUGGCUACAGACACCGAGUGGUUUUGUGCAAGAGUGGGGAGAGUAGAGACGCCUUGCCAGAUGCCAAGUGCCCCAAGCAUGGCAGACCCACCUCUAGAGUGCGAUGUAACCUAAAGCGAUGCCCUCCGCCGCAGUGGGUUAUGGGCCCUUGGGGAGAGUGUUCUGCCAAGUGUGGGCUGGGUCAGGAGAUGCGAUCCGUGCAGUGUCUGACCCACACCCGCAUGCCAUCCAACGAGUGUCUGGAACAUCUGAAACCCGCCUCCAUGCAGCAGUGCAAGAGCAAAUGUGACCUCAUUAUGCCCAUCAGUACAGACAAUCCUGAAGAGUGCAAAGAUGUGAACACUGUGGCCUACUGCCCCCUAGUGCUCAGGUUCAAGUUCUGCAGCCGGCCUUAUUUUAGACAGAUGUGCUGCAAGACAUGCCAAGGACACUGAUCUGGACUGGUGAAGCUCACAACACACAGACACACUCACACACUCACAAAAUGAGCCUUGCGGCAGCAACCUGGACUAUCAGAGUUUUGAUGCUGCAAGUCCCAGUUCCAAGGGACUUCUUUGCAGACAGAGGCCAUGAAAGAGCAGAUCCCUCGCAAGCAGUCUGAGCUGAGUUCUACAUUCCACUGGCGGAAAGGCUGCUGCAACCUGUCCUCUGUUGUAAUAUUUUUGGUGCUACUUCUGCAGCCGCUUGUUGGCUACAGGACAGGUUUUGGUGUUUUGAGGGGCACUUUGUGUUUGCUUCGGCUUCGAUGUAAAGAGGUCAUAUUUUUGUUCAGCAGUAUGUUUAAAUAUCCACUUUGUUAAGAAAAGGAGCCCCCAUGAAAAAGGAAUAUCGUACAUUCUAGAAGUUUUUGUCUAAGUUACCUGAAAGAUGUUACUUGACCACAGUGUUUCUAGGGGGGGGGGUGUUCUUGCUAAUAGUGUCAUCCAUUCACAGCACUUGUACAGUAAGCAAUUGUAUUUGUUUUGACAUUUGAAAUACUGACCGCAGAGAACCUGUGUCAUUCAUCUUGCGCUCCACAUCUUUUUGUUUUUGUUCUCAGUUCUCAAAAAUAGCUUCCUGCUGCACAGGACAGAAAGCCACAUUUGUAGCAGUAGCAACUUCGAUUUUAUGGGAUGCAAAUUUGUGUUGCAACUGUAGGGUUAUGGCAGCUUUGAAUGAAAUCUCCAAAAGUAAAGAAGCCCAAUCCUAUGCUGGGACUCACUAUUUUUAUCACAUUAAACGCCUUACUCGACAAUCUAAGUAACUUUAAAUAUACGGUAAGUGGAAAUUCAGUGUCGGAGUAAGAGAGCCGUCGUGACUCAUUGUCUAAUUAUACACUGUCUCCUCUGUGGGUUCACCACAUGAUUAAUAAUCAUCAUUCAAACCGGUGAGAAGACUUCUUCCGUAUAUGAUGGAAAAGUAUCUAGGAUGUACACGAUACAGAAAAAGUCAUAGGACAAAAGUAACACUGGUCAACAAAGAUUUACAACUGUUUUUAAAUCAUAGAUGCAAGUAAAGGUUUAGCAAUGAUUUUUUUUUUGCACUGAUUCUACUCUCGCUUUUUUCUCUGGCACAUCAGGUUUUUACCCAUCCAUCCAUUUUCUGAUCCGCUUAUCCUCAUAAGGGUCACGGGCGUUCUGGAGCCUAUUCCAGCAGUCUUCGGGCAGUACGUGGGCUACAACUUGAACUGUUUGCCAGCCAAUUGCAGGGCAUACGUGGACAAAUGACAUUUCAUAUUCACAAUUACACCAAGGAACAAUUUAGAGUGUUCCAUGAAGCUGCCACGCAUGUUUUUGGACUGCAGGGACACGUAGAACAUGCAAACUCUACACAGGAAAGCCAUAAGCAACUCUGCUUUAUUCAGCCCCGUGAACAAGACAGCUGGAGAGUGUUUCUGUCUGUCGUCAGCAAAAUGUCAUUGAGAGACUAAGAGGUCAGUUGGUACUUUAUCCCGUCAUUGACGGAUGAAACCCCACCUCCCAAAGUACUUAGUGCAGGGGUGUCAAACUCAUUUUUGUCGCAGGCCACAUUAUAGUUACCGGUUCCCUUGGAGGGCCGUAAUGACUGUAAGGAAGUUGAGAAGAAGUCAAGCAGAAUGGUUUAUUCAACUACAGUUUCAGUUAAUGUAAUGAGGAUUUUGGUAGCAAGAAAACUUACAACAGCGCUCUUAUAUGUAUAUACUACAUACAAGGAUUUUAAAUUUUGGUACAAAUUAUAGCAAGCAUCGUAGAAGUCAACAUGUUUUAUUUGCUUUCGUGGGCCACAUCUGGCCCCCUUCCUUGAGUUUGACACCUCUGGCUUAGUCCAACCUUUAUUUUUUUGUAUCCCGUCAUUCGUCACUCAUCAGAAAAACAGGCAUAAGUCCGUUCAUCACAGACGGGCUUAUUAAGUCAGUACUGGCGGAAUGCCCACCUGUGGUCAUAUAUUCACUAAUAUUUGUCAAUUAAGGGUGAGGGUCAGCACCAGUUGGAAUGUUUUUUCGGAAACAUCGUAUAAAUGUCAAUGCACGGUAAAAUCUGUACUGCGCAAAUUUUCAUUGGUCAAAAUUAAAACCCCAAAAAAGAAAAUAUCUUCAAAUCCCUAUGUGCUAGAAACAAAAGUAAAGACAUUUUUGGAUUAGCAUCAAAAAUACAUUAUGGGCCAUAUUAAGCCUUCUCUGAUUAAAAUUUGCCAUUGACGAGUUUCAUUGAACCAGAUCAUUUAGUUGUAUGUUCCAGAAUUAUGUAAUGUUCCAAAAUCUUGUCUAUGUUCCCCAGUCUCUUUGUCCAUAUCGUGUGAUGUUGCAACUUGGUGGCCCAAACAUACAGCCACACACACACUUGGAGCUUCCUCAGUGCUUCUAAUGACUAUUUCCAAACUGUUAUUAGUGGUAAUGUGUUUACAGACAUGUUUUUUUUCUUGUCAUCUGUGUCUCAUUCUUGUAAAUGCUGCUAAGAAAUUAAUGACCAUCUAUGACAGCAUCACGCUGUUUUGUAUCGGUGACCUUGACAGACUGCAGCUCUGCAUUCAUAUUGCUUUUCUUUAUGGUGGUGCUUUCCUCUGGAAGGGUGCUAUUAAUUCAUUGCUAUCAUAUGCAAGUUAUCAUUUUCUCCACAUUAAUCAUAUAUAGACAGAUCCCUCCCCAUCCAACCAGAAAAUAUACAUGAACAUACACUUUGAAGUUGAAGAAUGUUUCAGAUUCGUAGCUUCUUAAAAUCCCAAUCUGCCCUGUGCAUUGUUUUGAAAAGGAAAUAUUAAAAUGAUUAAACAUGGUACAAUGUUGAAUGAAAAUGAGCUGCCUGUGCUACAAUUUGGUACAUUAUUAAAUGUCAUUAUUUAUAAA